AAAGUAACCUGCCGCCAAACAAUAAUCUUUUGUCAUUGUUAAAUAUUUUUAAGAAACAUAAAUUAUUGCUGUCAAAAUUCAUUGAUAUAUUAAAAAAGACGCUGAAUAUGAAUUAUCAAUCAUAAAACUUUUCAAAUAUAUUCAGUAAAUAUUCUAAUGCUAUCGAUAGAGAACGGAAACACUUUUCUUUAAUUUUUCUUUUGUAUUGUUUCGAUUCGAGAAAUUAACAUCAGAUGGAGUUAGAAGGAGAGCCAAUUAAAAGGAAGUUCAAAAAACAAAGAGUUCCUACAGAUCCAUUUGAAUACAUUAACGAAUUCCACUUGCGCAAUUUAGUGUUACAGCAUUUAAGAUUUGAUGAAGUCUUAUCAGCUUCAACCGUAUCACCAAAAUGGAAAGAAAUCAUUGCAAAUUCAGACAGUGCAAUGUCAAGAAUGAAAAUGAAUUUCUACGACAGUUCAUCAACUUAUCCCACACGAACUGAAGUCACAAAAUUACUUAAGUCCAGUAGAAGAUACAAAGCUCUCGAAUUUGAUUUCCGUCUAAUGUCAAAUAUCGAAAGAAAAUUGCUUCUACUUAAAAGAUUCUCUCUUUCAUUAGUCGAUUUAACGUUAACUUAUCGUUGUCGUGUACCAAUCAACAAACUACCUUUAAACAUUUCAUUUCCUCAACUUCGUACUCUUCAAUUAGAUAUCUGUCUGAAAUCUAACAACCUCAUAACAGAAUGUUUUACACAAGUGGAAGAUUUAGAAACAAUAACAUUCAAUGGUGCUGGAGGUCAUACACAAUCAACCAUCGAUUUAAUUAAAAGGCAGAACAAACUCAAGAAACUUAACAUUGAAUGCUGGAAUCGAGAAAUUUUAUUCGCCCACAACGUGUUCAAAGAUGCAAAAUUUAAAUUGGAAUCACUAUCAUGGAAUUCUUGUGAAAAGAAACCAUUGAGUAUAACACCACAAAUCAAUUUCAAUGAAUUCCUUUUGCAACAUUCCAACACGUUAACAUUCAUCUUUAUUGACACUAUCACGAAGAUAGAUCUUAUGGUUAUUGUCAACGAUUUAAAAGCUCUCAAAACGCUUCACUUCCAUAUAAUAUUAGGAUCCAGAACAGAUUUAAUAUUCAAGUCAAAUCACUGCAUACAGGAAUUGAAAACAAACGAAUUCUACGGUGUCGAAUUACUUCCCAAAGGUUUGCUGAAAUCAUUAAAGGCAAUAGAACAUUUAAUUCUAAAUCAUUUGGAUGAAGACAUUCUUAAUUGGAUCGCAGGCAAUUUGAUGUCAUUGAAGAAGCUUACUUAUGAUACAGCAUCAGAAAUCCAAGAUAUCAAUGCUUAUUAUAGUCUACUUACGUCUCGACUUGGACAUCUUGGAUGGAAUGUAAACAUUGAAUUAGAACAAACUUAA